AUUAUUUUCACAAUAUAGAUUUUAAUGUGGGUUUAUUUGAUAGAGUUAAUUGAAAUGAAUACAGUUAUUUUUGUUAUCGAUUUUGAAUCUUAUGAUUUUGAUCGUUCAAAAAAAAAGGUUGUAUUUUUCAAAAUUAAGGCAUUGAACUUAUAAUUAAUAUAUUUCCAACAUGCAUCUAAUUUCUAAAGUUUUAUUAAAAGUGACUUAACAAAAUAUUUUUUUUGUACCAGCAUGAUUACUUUCAGUUUAAUACAAUUACCCCCAAUAACUAUUGAAUUUUCAUACUUUUAAACACUGGUGGAAAUUUAUGUUCCAGCUUUACUAAAUAGCUUAGGUUCCUUCAACUAAAAGUAAAAAUAAAAUUACAUAACUUUGACUCGGUAAUAUGAAGGUCAUUGUGAAUCAACAACAACACAAAAUUUGAAUUGUGGUAUAAUAUUCAACAAAACAUGCGUAUUUUGGUAAUUUAUCCCCUACAUGAAGUAUUUCACAUUUUUUUUUAAAUAGUGCCUAAUGUAUUUUUCUUUAUAUUCAUAAUAUGGGUUAUUUUUGGGUUAUUUAGUUGAUGUACAUACACAAAAUGAUUCCAUAGUUCAAAUAUUUAUGAGCAAAUGAACAUGUAAGAAGUUACAUAUUAAAUGUUCCUUAAUUGAGACUUGGGAGCUUUCUCGAAUCUCACAUUUACUUUUUUUUUCCAAUUUUUUUUCCAAAGAUAAAACGACGUCGUUUUAUCAGUAACAAAGGACUCGAAACAGAUGAAUCCAAAUCUACUAAGAUUAAUGCAUUCACUUGUUCAUUCAAGUAAUUUGGUGCUCAGCUAGCAGAGACCACAUGUAUUACCACAAAGAAAAUAGUGCUCUUUCACAAAUAUCUUUUUACAUAAAUGCAGUCAUACUCUCUUUGUAUUUAGUUCAUUAUUUCCACAUUCAAGAGUCAAGAGUCAUAAGAACGCAUAGUACAAGGAUCAUUUUUAAUCACCUCGUCCCAAUUGACUCAUAAAAUGUGAAAGUUGGUAGGAUUUUUUAGACAGCUAACUUAUUUGCCUAAGUGAUAGAUAUUAGCCUUAAAUAACAUUUUUCUUAUCACACACAUGUUUUCAAAUAUUUUUGGCUUUUGAAUUAAAAUCAUGUUCAAUCCAGAUAGACAGAACAAAGCUUAUCGUUUUUGUACAUGAUUUCAAUUUGGAGACAUGAUUUUCCUUGACAUAUUCAUCCACCUGUUUCAGACAUAUAUUUCUUUCCUUAUAAUAAAGAUAUUUAAUUUUAACUUUAAAGAAAAUACCAUAUUCUUUUGUUUGACUAGCAUACAUUCAGAUAUUUAAUUACUUGCUAUAAUGUUUUUCUCUUAUAUAUAGUUUUUACUUGUCAUAAAACAUUUUUAAGUUUUGGACUUAAAUCAAAAUGGCUGAUAAGAGAAGAAAGCUUAUCUUGUGAGUUAUCUCUCUCUCUUUUUCUCUAUCUCUCUCAAUUAUCACAGGUUCAAAGAGGAUUUAAAAAAAAUCAAAGGUUCACUUGACGUUAUUGGUAGAUCAUUAUCUUCUAAUUAACCUUAUAAUAAUCUCACAUAUUAUUUGCAUGAUUUGAGGAUUUAAUUAGAUUUUGUUUCUUCGGUUAUGUUCAAUUGACUCUAGAAUUUAAUUUUAUAAAUCCAGUUCAUGAUUCUGCAAAAAGUACAAGAUCUAGAGAUAUCAUAAGAUUCAGGAAUUUUGUGACCUAUCCACGAUCUUAUAUCCUAAAUGGAGUUUGUGGCUCAUGAAUAAGUACAGAUUUUGAUCUUCCAGUUUGAAAUAAUUUAUGGCUUUUAAAACGUUAAAAUGAUCUCCAUAUUGGAUUAAGAUAUAGUAUGGUUUUUGUCUCAUCUGUUAAAUGCGGUUUGAAUGUGAAUUAUAAUCUGUGUAGGCGAAUCAGAAUAUGUAGGGGUUAUUAGACAUAUAUAUGUGGCUUAGUGAUGUUUUUCUGUAUGUCACAAUCAUUUAUCUGGUUUUCCUGAAACAUAUAUCGCAUUCUCUGAAGAGCUUGAUAUGAUUUUUUAUCUGAUGCGUUGUAUUGGAGUUUGUGUCAAUCUUUACCUUAACUUUUCCACUAUGAAACAAUAAUAAUUGCUAUCUCUCUCUCUCUCUCUCUCUCUCAAAAAUUAUGACUUCCAAUUUGAGACAUUUUUUUAAUAUAAUGAUAAUUCAUGCAUGUUUUAAUUUUGUUGUUCUAACUAUUUAUAGGUCCAACAGAGAUGUCAACAACAACAACGAUAAGCCUGAGAGAGAAAACAUUUUCAGUUUUGACCUUCCAUCAUGCCUCUUGGGAGUAAUAAUGUCACUGCUUAUGCUAAAAGAUAAAAUUCGUGCAUCUACCGUCUGCAAGAAAUGGCUUGAAGCCGCUAAAUCUGUUAGGGUUGUUCAUAAGCAUCAAUGGUUUGUCUCCAUUCCUACAUUUGGAAAUUCUAUUAAUCUUUUCGAUCCAUUGGAGAGGAAGAAGUACACACUGAAUCUGCCUGAGAAAGGUGUAACUGAUGUUGCUUACUCAAAAGACGGAUGGUUGCUUAUGCGCAGAUCAUCCUUUGUGGAAUUCUUCUUCUUCAACCCCUACUCUCGGGAGCUCAUAAGCUUGCCAGACAAUGAAUUGCCAUAUAAGGCAAUUGCUUUCUCUUCUGCUCCUACAUCGGAAACUUGUACUUUGGUCACAUUAAACCGUAUUUCAGAAUAUAUUGUGGCCAUCAGCACUUGCUAUCCUGGAGCAACUGAGUGGAUAACCAAAAAGUUUCAUUGCUAUCUUGCUUUUGGCCCCAAUGUCCAUAGCAACCUUGUAUGUGUUAAUGAUCGCUUCUACUGCUUCACCUCAAGAGGUGUUCUAUUUGAAUUUGAUCCAGCUUCUCGCACAUUGAGUCAUCAAGCAUGGGAUGAUGUUAGAUUCCCAGAAAUUCAUAACAAUGAAUGGUCGUAUCUGCCAAAGGAACUUUACUUGAUGGAGCAGAAAGGAGAGCUAAUUCUCAUGUAUACAUAUGGAGCUGAGAAACCAGUGGUGUAUAAGUUGGUCUCUUCAAAAUGGGAAGAGAUGAGUAGUACACUAGACGGCUUGACAAUCUUUGCAAGUAUGUAUUCCUCGGAGACCAGAAUGGAUGUUUUAGGGAUGAAGAACAGCGUGUAUUUCCCAAAGUAUGGCUUACGUAACAACAUGCAAUGUGUAUCCUACUCAUAUAAUGAUGCCAGGUACUAUCCGGGUCUGCCGGAACGACGAUUACUAUGCCCUGUUGAUAGUCUUUGGAUCGACCCACCACCAUUUCUAAAGUAACUUGAGUGCGCUUUGAGGGUUUGUUUUAUAUUUUAAUAUAUGCAUCAAUCGUCGCAUCUGAAAAACUUGUAGACUUGAGUUUUAAACUAUGAGAUUGUGGGAAAUUUAUUAUUAUGGUUUAAACUUUCGGAUUAUUUUGCAUGUGAUUGAUUUGAUUUAACUUUAAUUUUUUUUUUGUUGAAUGGAGAUCCCCUAAUAAUAUUUUUAUCAUCCAAAUUCAGAAGAAAAUGAACACACAAAGCUGAUAUGUUUGUAUAUCAAUACUCUUUAGGUUUAGGGUUGCAUUUUACAAAACAAUAAUUGUGA